GUUUUAAAUCUUUAUAUUACAAAAAGUGACCACGUAUGAUAGGUCUAUGAAUUCGUCUGAAUAAAUGCUGUUCUGUUAUGCAUAAAAAUAUAAAAGGUUCAACAAAAUUAUUUAGACCGCGUAGGUUGCCUCUUGAAUUUGUCCAUUUGAAGUUUCUCGUACAAAAUUGUACGUAUACGUGCGAUUACGAUUAAAACCCCGAUCUCCGCUUACUUGCUGGUUGAAAAUGAAUGUCACUUUUGCACAUUUUACGCGUUACCAACGAAGAAAGUGUAGUAAUAACUGCGAAGAAAUUUAAAAUACAGUAUCCAAAUGAACUGUAGCUGAUAACGUCGUUGCGGACACUGUUCUCUUCAGACGUCCCUACGCUUUGAAAAAAUUCAAAAAACGAAAAGAAAAAUGAAUAUUUUGUAACGUUCUAGACUAGAAUACCCCCAUGAAUCGCAUCUACGCCUCGAAGAGUUACCGAUGAAGUCGAAUAAUGAUCCACGAAAAAUCCCGUGAUCCCGAUGAUAGCCGCGGCGGCUUCGCGAAGAAUCUGACAUACCUGAAUGGCCAGGUAGCGUCUCGGCCAAUCGUCUUCCACGCUUUGUUUACGUCCUCGUGUCCGGUCACGCGGUUGGCUACGGCGAGUCGCUUGUGUAAGGAGCCUUUCAGUCCGUGAUCGUUCGCGUGCUCGGUUGUUUCGCCGCCGCCGACGCGUCGAUCUCGCCUUCGAGAAUAUCUCGAUCCAGUCGUAAAUCGCGAUCCAUCGACGGUGCGCUUUCGAGUGGCCUAUAUCGUGAACAGGUGAACCGGUUGGGAAUUUGUGUGUUUCGUGCGGGGAACCAGUGGCGAAGGGUCCAGCGGUGCGUGGCGUCGAGAUCGCCGUAAGACGUCGAGAUAAACGGAUCAUUGGACGACGUUUCCCCCGGAGGCUCGCGAAUACGUCAUGGCGUCGGUGGGUUCGCGAAGAUUGGCGCAAAAAUUGAAACGCCGGUCGAAUUGGUCGCCGACUUAGCAUGACCGUUCACCCCUCCGGUGGUCAGGAUUUCCGGUAAAUCGAUUCAGCAUUGAUAACGCGAUUCGCGAAGAUAGCCUGGUAGAAUUUGACACUUGCGAAUCUCCAGCACUUUAUUUUCUUAUUUAUUUGAGUAAAUGUUUCUUUGCUCGGUUCCACGAGUCGAAGAGAUUACCGGUAAAUCGAUUCAGCAUUGAUAACGCGAUUCGCGAAGAUAGCCUGGUAGAAUUUGACACUUGCGAAUCUCCAGCACUUUAUUUUCUUAUUAAUUUGAGUAAAUGUUUCUUUGCUCGGUACCUCGAGUCGAAGAGAUUACUACGCAGCGCGAAAAGGGGAGGUGAUUACUUGCAAAAGCCUUGAAUCCUAACGAUGACCUUGACCUUGAGAUACAUGGUACCGAGUACGGUUCUGCGUUUGUUGUUCUGCGUGUCACGUGGGGGUCGCUCGUGGCUGCUGAAAUUCGCUGUUUGGAUUUCUUUACUUACAAAUGAAAAAAAUUGAAAGCUUAAUAACUUUAAAACUGGAACUUAAAUUCAUUUACGUGAUUUACUUUAAGUGCAAUGGAAAAGAAAUUUUCCUUUGGUCCGUUUAGUAUCGCUGAUUAAAAUAUUUGGAUAUUUUGAAUAUUUACUGAAAGUCGUUGUAAUUAUUGAACUCUUCAAAGCAACCAAAAAUCGUUGUCAUUCGAAAACAUUGUUAAGAAUGUGGUCGUAAAAUAAUUAAAUAAUUACAAUUAAUAUACCCUGUCGAGGUGAAACGUAUGGAACAAAAAAUCGAGGUCAGCGAGUAUUUUGUAUUACGAGAGACACGUGCCGUUAGUAAAAGUACUUUUCAUUUCACUUGUUAUGCAGUUGGAAACCAAACUGAUUAAUAUUUAUAACGAUAUAGGAGUGGCUAUAGUAAUUGACGUUAAUGUUGCCACGCUUUUGUGCUACUUUCUGAUUUCUAAAUAUAAAUAAUUAAUUAUUUAAGGACUUAAUUCUUGAAGAAUGUACGAAACGUCGAGAAAAAAUUUGUAAUGAUCACAUUACAUUUUUCCUUCUUUAAUAAAUACAAUUUUUGUAUACUACCGCAAUAUUAUUACUAAAUAACAUUCAUCUUUACGAACAAAUAAAUAAUACACGAAAUAUAUUUUAUGUAUAUUACAACUAUGUGGAUAAUAUAGUUCUUGAUUGCUCUAGUAAAUCCGAUGCAUGAUUGUAAUUGCUCCAUUUAAUUGUACUUUUCUAUAUUACUAUAAUUUUUCUUUAAUACAAGUAAUGAUGCCUGUUAGGAUUAUUUUUAAGAGUACUAUUGGAAGUUGUGGUAAUUAUUUAAAAGUUUUCCCUCCUCGCCGGUUUUUGAUGACCUUGAAAUAUUUUGUCAAGGUCAUCAUCCUGAACAACUUAUCCCUAUACAUGUCACCGCCCCUUAGUUUCCGAGAUGUUCGUAAAAAACUUUAGUUAAACAUAGAUUACGAGUACACUUCAUUUUGGCACAGCUAGCUCCGAUGACCUUGACCUUGACAACAUAUGUCAAGGUUAAGGUUCUUGGGGCGGGGUUUCCUGUUCGGCAUUUUCACCAAUUUAUAUAUUUGUCAGCCGCUUUGAUCGAUAUUUUGAGCCCUCUUAGAUGCGAACGCGAGAACACUGUUUCGAAUUGUUUCGCGUACACAGAACUCAUACUUCAAAGCGUCGUAUCCUCGCAAAAACUGGAUGAUUACUACAACUUUUCUUUUAAUGCGAAGUAAAGGAAUGACGAACAAAGCAACUACGAGUUACUUUAUUUAAUUACGUUGAGCCAUUCGGAGAUUACGACAUGGACAUUUACUACCUUCAACGAGUAAUUAAUAAACACUAUAAAUUAUUAUUAUACGAUCUUUUGUUGGUAAAUUCUACUAUGGAUGUCUAUUUACAGUUUGUAAUAUUUAAUAAUAUUAUAUUGUAUAUUACUAAAGUUUUAAUUUAGACAGAAAAAAAUGUCCAACGUCUGAGAAACAUUUACAACGAGAUAUUACAAAUAAAAUAAAUAAUAUUAUUUUGAUACAACGAUAUCAUUGAAUAUAAUCAAACAGUAUAUUAUUAGAGUUUUCAUUUAGAUAGAAAUAAUGUCCAACAUCUGAAAAACAUGUACAACGAGAUAUUACAAAAGAAAAUAAAUAAUAUCAGUUUGGAUACAACGAAGAAAUUAAUAGCUAGGGCGUCAAGAUUGGCAAAAGAAAUUUUAAGAGCGCAUAGCGGAUAGAUUAAUGAAAAGAAAAUAGAAUUGCUUCUAUCAUUCCUCCUGAAAUAUUAAAUAAAUAAUUGGUGAAAUAUAUUGUCUAAUGCGAUACAAAGUAUGUACAAAUACAUGAGUGAUAUUCAUUAACAGAUUCGUAAUUUCCUUUAGAUAUGUAUUUCGAUUGAGUAAGUGUGCGCAUAUUUAUAAGCGUAGGUGUACAUGCUCUCGUUAGACAGACCGUAAUUAUCCGUAUAACGUUCACGGCAAAUAUUCAUCACGUAUUACUACACCCGUCUAUCCUUCUCCGGAGACCACAGGAAACUUUAAAUAGCAAAAAGAGUCGCAAACAGUGCAAUCACUUCGAGAAUCUCUGCACGGACGUCACGGGAAUUGCUCGGGCAGCUCGGCCACUGGAACCGCGUAGGACGUUACGACGUAACCAUUGCCAUAACUUUGCGUCACAAAGAGAUAUACUUGUGAGAGACAGGUGUCGCUCUAGAUCUAGAUCGGGUAUUCCCUCGAGCGUAAACUACACGGAGAAAAACCGUAGCGUAUUUUGUAUUUAAUGACCGCGACAUCGUCUGUUCGAACAUUUAACCCUUUCGUGUUUAUGCGGUGUCGCAUUCAACACAAACCAGAAUUUUAUACAAUUUAAAGAAACGAAUAAAUUGAAUAAAUAAAAAUUAAUCGAAGAUCGACCACCUCGGUCUAUAUUACAAACCAUGUAAUUGGGGGCUGUUCAUUAAUUACGUAAGGAUCUCGAGUGGAAGGGGCGGGGAGUUAAAAAUUUCGAUAUGACUUUGCCUUGAGAGGGGACAGAGUUAAAGCCAUUCUUAGUUUGCAUUGAAUGCAUUGAAUGCAUUGAUCUUUUACGGAUACAAAGACUUCUGUUGGAAAUUUUGUAGAUUGUUGUCACGCGAAAAAUGACAAUUCAGUUUAUCGACAAAGGCAUCCAACCAAAAAUAACGCAGUUCAUGAAGUUAGAGAUUUGUUGGGAAAAUUGAAUUUCAGGAAAAUGGUCUAAGUUUUCAAUUUUUAUGUCUGAAAUGAAACGUCACAUGAAUAAACUGUACAUGUAUACAAAAUCGUUUCGUUUUGUCGUUCUCUAUACGGUGCUUUUUUAAAUUCAAUUGUUCGACUCAUUUUUUUCUCUUGAAAACAACAACAACAGAAUCAGAUCGCUACGAGAUCUCAGGAAAAAGGUCUUUCAAGUUUUUAAUUUUUAUUUUAGAAACUAGACAUCCUAUAAAUAAACUGUAAAUAUAGAAAUGUUCCGUAUAAGCUGAUGUUUCUUUUUUGAAAUUCACGACUCCACGGCUCUUAGAACUUCCAAGAAAAAUCGUCGCGCAGUCAAAGGAUUAAUAUAUUCGUAUUGCUUCGAAAAGGAGCAAUAAAAUCGUUGAUGAAUAAAUGAAUCGCGAGAUUCCGUGGCCAGGGAAACGGAAAGAUGUCUGACCGCGGAGGGUGAAGUUUUCAGCCGUGAAAAAGCCGUCGCGCCGCAGGGAUGCGGUCGAAGAAAAAACAGUAUCGUUUCGCGAGAUAUCGAGAGCGGCGCAUGGAAGGACGAGACGCGACGAAAAUGAACGGAGAGGUUUGAGGGACACACGGUGCAAAAGGUGGAGGACCUUGCCGCAUCUCCGUGGAAGAGUGAGAGAGAUAGUGAUAAACCGGUUUCUGCAUUUGGUGCAACGACGCGCCUCCUGCGUUUUACCGGCGAGUUUUCAGGAAGAAAUUUCCACGCAUCGGGGCUCCGUUACUUCCUUUAAUUCACCGGUCGGAAAGCGUACAAGAUCGGCUUUCGCUCUUCAUGGAAACGCCCUUGGGCGCUUUAGUCCGGCCUGGAUGUAUCUGUAGAGGAGUUGUACUCUUUGCAAGGGAUGGAGUUCCUGGAGGGAUUCGGGAAGAAAAAGCAGCAGCCACAUCAGCAAACAAACAACAUAGCAUCGGUGCACAUCAAUCCCUUGUCGGCACAGUCCCUCAACAUACACCUGCAUGCCCUCUUCGCAGCCGUGGAGCAUGGCCAUUUGGACAAAGCCAGAACUAUUUUGGAAUCGACUGACGUAGACGUGAACAGUGUAAACAGCGACGGUUUGUCAGCUCUGGAUGUCGCGGUCCUCAGCAACAAUAGGCCUCUUGCAAAAAUGCUGGUCGCUUUCGGCGCACAGGAAGGUAACCAAUUCAAAUCUCCGGAAUCCUUGGGUAGCCAUUUGGCCUCGUUGCUGUCGGAAGCGGAGCACAGGGUCCAGGAACUUGGCGGAAGUACUUCCGGUAGCGCCGGGACCACCCUUUUAGAGCCACCGAGCAGCCAUAGAUCGAGUUUUUCGUCGCAGCACAACAAUCUCACGGGAUGCGGCGGUAGCACUGAAGACAAGCAACUGGCUUUGUGGGAAAGGAGAGCGAGAGCUCUCAGGAAAAUGUUGCUCGGGUUUGAUCAAGCGAGACCACCAGACAUACCGUUCCUGGUCGCAGUCGACGUUACGGGGACGAAUUCUGUGACAGUGAGAUUCCAGGAGCCAGAUUCUCACGACUCGCCCAUCUGCACGAAGUUCAAAGUCCAGUGGAGCGUCAAAGAGGACUUCUCCGUGAUCUGCGGGGAUAGAGAAGUUCUAGACAUGAAGCAGAGGGAGUGCAGAAUCGACGAUCUGAUCCAAGGACAGAAAUACCACUUUCGAGCUGCUGCUGGAAAUCUGAAGGGCUACAGCAGGUUCAGGAGCUCGACACCUGCUCACGUCACACCCAGCAGUUGGAGGGACAUCGAUGGCAGGUUGCCAAGGUUUGCUGGCCGAUUGGAGCAACUGAAUACUCUGUUCACCGAUAUAAGGCGACCAGAGUACACUCAAGAAACACCAGCGGUGCAGAGACGCAAUCACAGGAAGAAAACUACGAUAAAACAGCUGUUCACGGCUACGAGUAAAUUCCAAAAGAAUCUGAGGCGGGGCGUCUUUCUUGCCUGUCUGCUCUAUCACGAGGAUAAGGUGCUCGUGACAAACGAGGAUUUCCUACCGGUGAUCGAAGUCGAUGAGACUUACCCAAGCUGUAUUUACAACGACUUCCAUUGGCUCAUGAAAGUGGCCUGCACUUGGGACGACGUCAAGACACUUCGUCAAGACAUGGAGAAAAGUCAUAGCAGCUCUACGAAUCACUUCAGGAUAAAGCUGCUGCAGGCUGCUGCACAAAUGCAGGCAGCACUGUGCAUACAAGACCUGGGGCAAUUAUACCAUAAACCGGUCAGAGACAUCCAAGGGACCCUAGUUUUCUCUACGGUGAAUUACAUUAAAUCUCCAAAAUUGAUCUCGGUAUUGAACAGCAGAUGGUUGCCACUCAGUAAAGUCACGAAGAAGGUCAUAACCCACGAGGACAGCAACGUGGCGGACAUCUUAAUAGCCAGCAUACAAGAACAAAUGACCUAUCAUCAAGUCAGCAGUAUUAAACUGUCAAAGGGAUUGUAUCUUGGCUACCUGAAGAUGCAGAGUAGCGUAGAUCUCAUCCAGGUUGUGGUACCCGCGAAAGCACCCAAUGUCUUACCUCAUUGCAAGAUUCGUGACAAUCCGCACGUUUCCGCCGAAGAGUGGGAUUAUCUGAAAAGGAUAACUCGUAUCCACGCAUCGGACACUUCAGUGAAGGACUCUGAAGAAAAAGAGAACGUAACGAACGAGUCGCAAGGUACCGAGCAACAAAAGCUAUUCGUGGAUCUGGUUGCUGCCACCGCGAGACGAUUGUUCAAUUAUAUGGAAAUCAAUCCUGAAGAUUCUCUGUGCCAUCGACUCUACGACGCUGAAGUUAUUGAUCUGACCCACGACGUGUCCUUCGUGAUCGCCGUACCUCCAGCAGAAACCGCCUGCUGCGUACCUGGGACCAGAGAAAUCCUUCUACAGAGGGGCGAUCUUCUGUCGUUACCUAUCCAAGUAUUCGAGAUGGUACACUUAAACACGUACCAAAAAGACGUAAUCAAUAGAUACUCGAGGUUAAGCUGCAUCCUGGAACUGGAUACAGCCCAAGCUCAACACAGCCACAGGGAAGCCUUCAGCUCUCUGGAGUUGAGCGUGGCGAAGGACAAGUUGGCCAGGUUACAGGAUCUUCAGUCGCAAGUGAACACCGUCUGGAAAGGCGCUAGAUGGCUAAUAGACGUGAUCACGUUCGCAAGGGACCGUGGAUCUUCGCAGCAAACCAGUACGUCGCAGGCGGUUGGAAUUUCAAUGAAGCACUUGCUUAGUCUCGACAGGAACAAAAGCAACAGUAACAGUAACAGUUUGAAAAGGAGUUUACUGCAGUUGCCGCCACGCGAUCCGAAACUCGUCAAGUCCAGUCCAGGUCGAGGCAGUUGGCCAGGACCCAACGUGGCCAACUCCUCCUCGAAUCUGCUCACGACAGAGUUCAGCAAAAGUGAGCAACAGUUGCCCAGCGGCCAGUACAUUCGCAAAGGCAGCAACACCUCUAACGUGUCGACCGGCUCGGUGCCUCAAAAGUCCUCUAUACCGAUAAGCAGCACCAGCAAUCUUAGCAACGCGACGAGCGCCAGCAGUACAAACCAUCUGGUACCGUUGCAGAACACGAGGCUACCACCCUCCAAGUCCGAGGACACUCUGAUCUUAGCAAAAUAUAAACAAAGUCCCCGAAAUAGGUCAGCAACGAUCACGUCUGCCUCGGCCAGUAGCAGUCCAUUGCUCAGUAUGAAGCCCAUCAUUUACGGCGGAUCGCUUUUAAGCGUCUCGACAGCCAUGACGAACACGACGAGUUUGCUCAGCGUCAGUAACACCAAUUCCGACAGUUUGCACUCCCUGAGCAGCGACGAAUACUCGACACCCAACUCGACAGUCUGUUUAAAAUCUGGCCACACCAAAGGGAAAUCCUCCAAACCCACCGCUAGCGUCGCUGCAAUGGCGACCGGAGCACUGGAGAACCAGAUGGAAGAAGAAAAAGACGAAGCAACGAUGAUGCCAGCACCGCCGCCUGGCAUACUUCAGGUUUACGCGGCCUACGAGACCGGCCUGGCCUCUGGAACCAGCCUGAAAUUGCACGUCACGCCGAGGACCACGGCCAGAGAAGUCGUCAAUCUGGUUGUGAAGCAGCUGAACAUGGCAAUGGUCCUGAAGGGCCAAGAGGGCCCCAUUUAUACGCCCGACGAGCUGCCAAACUUCUGUUUGGUGGCUGUGAUAGGCGCGAGAGAACGUUGUCUCAGGGACGACUUUAAGCUCCUCCAGCUGCAGAAUCCUUGGAAGAAGGGUAGACUGUACGUGAGACAGAAACAGGACGUCCUCGCAGCCCUCGAGCACAGUAGCAAACAUACAGCGUAUUUAUAGCACAAGUAAAAGAGUAAGAAGGAGGAGAUUACAUAGAAACGAUCUCGUGGAUGAGACAAGAAACCCCUGUCCCCGGCGAUAGCGCGUAAGAAACUCUGUCUCGUAAAUGAUUGGCAAUAGAAGCCAAAGAUCAUUUCGUUCGACGCGUUCCGCGUCAAGUGGGCUUUCAGAUUCCCACUAGAGCUUCGAUAGAGUCGAGUAUUCCAUAUUUCAUUUCUUCUGGUUUAUUUCCACAUGGAAUGGAAGGUUGUAGAUAUUCUCUCGAAGGCAUAGACUUGGACGGGCACGGAACGCGUUGGCGUGUAUAUAAAGCAAACGCUUGCAGUGGCUACACGACGAGUUUUCGGUUCUAUGUCGAGGCUCUAAGUAAAUUACAUGUAAUUAGAUAGAGGUGUGCAAGAGCGAUAGCGUGUCGAGGAUUGAGAAAUACGACACGAUAAUUCCCGCUUUCGAGUGACAAUUAUUACGCCAUUUAUAUGAAGCUGAUUUUUAUUACGCGUAUGUAUUUUUAUUAUCAAUCUAACAAAUGUGAAGUGACUCGUAUUGUUUCGGUCGCGACGUAAAAAAUUGGUGUACGCGCAGUCGUGGUUGUGGUUCAGCUCGAUACUGAUGCUCCGAAACCUUCUCGAAGGACCACCCAAUUGAUUAUGGGAAGACUGAUGGUAAUCCAGUCGGUACGAACUAUAAGGAGUUGUUCUCUUUGAGGCAUCGGAAACCAUUUUCUCUCUAACGACACGAUCGAGAUCUUGUUUGAUUUCAAAAUCGCUCUUUAGGGAAGCCUCGACCCUCUUCCUGCUCCGGCUUCGGUGUCGGACUUCAUCGACGUACACAUCAACUUUACCACCGGUGCCACUUUUCCUUCUCAUCCAUCUACCCGCUUCAACCCACUCAUCCAUAGUGGGUAAUUCACUAUUUUCAUUUUCAUUAUUUUAAUGAAAACACUUAUUUUCAAUAAAUUAAAGUUUAGAAUAGCUAAAGAGAAAAUCUGUUUUCCUGUAAAACCAGUUUUAUCUUUCUGCAAACGAUUUCAUAUACUCGAGGAAGUGAAAACAAUUAUAUUUCAUGAAAAACAAAAGAAUACACUUUUUUUUUUUUUAAGCGAUAUAAAGGGAAAGCUUAUUAAGUGUUUUUUACCUAAUUGACGGGUGAAAAUAUUCUCCAUGCACUCCUUUGUUGCACUCGAAACGUGCAAUUCUUGAUCUAGAUCUUGGUUACGUGCUACACGCUACGCAGUUUCUCUCUUUUUUCCCAAGUAAUUUACGAAAACGUAUUAUUAAAGAACUAUUAGUAGUUAAAGCGUUUAAGUUUUUUACUUUCAUCCAAUUUUCAGCUGACUUCUCAAUCAUUUUUACGAUAAAUUCAUGUACGUACGAUUCAUGCAUUAAGCGAAUAUUCUGCUGUGUUAGAUCGGAUUAAAUCUCGGUAAAAUUCGAAAUUUCAGCUCAAGAUAUUCCUUGGGAAAUCCGCAAAGACGACAUAUUGACACCAAGGUAUUAAGAGGUUUAGCAAGAUCAUUUUGCUAAACCUCCAUAGCGUUUAUAUUUUAUUAGAAAAAAGAAAACCAUAUUCAAGUAACGGAAUCAUCCGCCAUUUAUGUUUAUAAACUGCGAGCAAUUCUUGUCGGCCUCGAAUGCUUUUCCAACUUGGUUUCAAGUAAAUCGAAGAUUUCAAUGUUGUCACUCGAUGGCGAGAAUUAUCUUAUUGACGCGACCCGCACAUUCCAGCCGAAUUUCGAUCCGCAACGUUGCCGUUGAGCGAGCAGUUUGCAAAAGAAUGGAUAAUACUCAAGGUAUACUGUUAUAUUUUAAGUACCGAUCUCAGUGUCUCGCUCGAGUGUGAAUCGAAUGCUUGAGAGAUCUCAUCGUCCGAAUUGUAUUCGUAUCCACGUAAUACUUGAACGAAUCGCAC